UCUUACUCCCUUACUAGACAACCAAAAUGCUCGGCAAAAUCGCCCUCGAAGAAGCCUUUGCGCUCCCCCGAUUCCACGAGAAGACAAAAUGGUGGGCGGGCAUGUUCGCAACCGACACAGACAAGCACACAGCAGAGAUCAACGAUGUCGGUCCAAUUCGACUGGACUUCGCCGAGCGCCACGGCGUCGGUCUCCAGAUCCUCAGCUACACAGCACCCGGUGUACAGGAUAUCUGGGACGCAAAGGACGCACAAGCGCUCGCGGUUGAGAUCAACGACUACAUCGCGGAGAAAGUGAAAGCGCACCCGGAUCGGUUUGCCGCAUUUGCCACCCUCUCCAUGCACGACCCACAAGAAGCAGCAGCCGAGCUCCGACGCUGCGUAACACAGCACGGGUUCCUAGGUGCACUAGUGAACGACACACAGCGCGCUGGUGUCGACGGCGACGACAUGAUCUUCUACGACAACGAGAAAUGGGACGUAUUCUGGGCUACCUGCACUGAGCUGGACGUGCCUUUGUACCUACACCCGCGCAACCCGACAGGCACGAUCUACGAGAAGCUGUGGGCUGAUCGGAAAUGGCUGAUCGGACCCCCACUGUCCUUCGCGCAGGGAGUGAGUCUACAUGUUCUUGGAAUGGUGACGAACGGGGUAUUCGACCGGAACCCGAAGCUGCAGGUUAUUCUUGGACAUUUGGGGGAGCAUAUUCCAUUUGAUAUGUGGCGGAUUAACCACUGGUUUGAGGAUCGGAAGAAGGCCCUUGGACUUAGGGAGACAUGUAAGCGAACAAUUCGGGAGUACUUUGCGGAUAAUUUGUGGAUUACGACGUCGGGACAUUUCUCGACCACUACGUUGAACUUCUGUAUGGCGGAAGUUGGGGCUGAUCGGAUUCUGUUCUCGAUUGAUUAUCCGUUUGAGACAUUUGAGGAUGCGUGUGAGUGGUUUGAUUCGGCGGAGAUGUCGAAUACGGAUCGGUUGAAGAUUGGAAGGGAGAAUGCGAAGAAGUUGUUUAAGCUUGGGGCUUAUAAGGAUAGUACGGCUUGA